AAAAAUUCAAUAUUAUUUUAUUACUGUAAUCGGUUUGCUACUAAUGAAAUAACAUGUCCUUUCAUAAUUUGUUUUUUGAAACAAAAAUGAUUUAAUAAUGAAACAAAAAGACUUAAACUUGAUUGGAUCUAUAAUAGAAUUAUUAUUAAAGAGUAAUAAUAGAGAUUAAAUAAUGGACUUUUGGUGUUGUUGGUAAUAAUUUUUGUAGGGACGAUGAAAAGACAAUGGCAGCAGACGAUAUAAAGGAGUCCCAAAUCCAUCUUCUCACGCCAUUUCCAUACUCAUCCGCACACCAAGAAAAUGGAGCUCCAACUCUCUACUCCAGACCUUGAAAACCCCAAUAAUGGCAUUCCUCUCUCUGCCCAACAGCCCCAUCUCCUCUCUGAAGAUUUUGACAGUACUUGUUCAACUCCUUACGUUAGUGCUCCUUCUAGCCCCGGCCGUGGCGCUGGUCCUGGUCCUAUUAAUGGUGGCUUCUUUUACAGUUGCCCAGCAAGCCCAAUGCACUUCGCUAUAACCACAAGUGCUGCUUCAUACUCUGUAUCAGCUGUGUCUUCACCGGAUAAUGGUAACGGCUCGGUGCCUAUUGGGUAUGAGUUUGAAUUCUCUGCAAGACUUGGCUCUAGUGGGUCGGGUCAAACAGGUUCCAUGAGCUCGGCUGAUGAGUUGUUUUUGAAUGGGCAGAUCCGUCCCACGAAGCUUUCGACACAUUUGGAGAGACCCCAAGUGCUGGCUCCAUUGUUGGAUAUUGAUAAUGAAGAGGAAGAAGAGGACGAUAUGGAUAUCAAGAAUAAUGGAAGAAAAGUGAGUGGUGAGAGUACGAGAGGCAGAGAUCUGAGAUUGCGAGAUAAAUCUUUGCGUAGAAGAACCAGAUCUAUGUCUCCACUAAGAAGUACUUUAUUUGAGUUUGCUAAUGAUGAUGAAGAUAGCAAAAAGAACCAGAUCCAUUGCUCCACUGAUGAGUCUUGUGAGAGUUCUGGUUUGGAAGCGAAUGAGAAUAUAAAGCUUGAGGAGUCAGCAACUCCAUCAGUUUCUGCAUCUUCUUCUAGGUCAUCAUCAGCUGGAAGGAACUCAAAAAGAUGGGUAUUCUUGAAAGAUUUUCUCUACAGAAGUAAAAGUGAAGGGAGGAGCAAUAACAAGUUCUGGUCCAACAUUUCUUUUUCACCAGCAAAGGAGAAAAAGUCCACGAGACCAGCAAGCUUGCAAGUUCCUGCAGCAACAAAAGAGAAGGUUGCCAAUGCCUCAGCUGUGUCUAUGGAGAAUCAGAAAGUGAAGGGAAGUGGGAUGCCUUCAGGCAAGAAGCCAGUGAAUGGGGUAGGCAAGAGAAGGGUACCAACAUCACCCCAUGAGUUGCACUACAAAGCAAGUAAAGCACAGGCAGAGGAGAUGAGGAAGAAGACCUUCUUGCCUUAUAGACAAGGACUACUUGGUUGCUUAGGGUUUAGUUCGAAGGGCUAUGGUGCUAUGAAUGGAUUUGCUAGAGCCUUGAAUCCAGUAUCCUCAAGGUAAAAAUCUGUGAUCCAUCACCAUCAUCAGUCUAAAGAAAUUGUAUAGAUCUUAUUAUUAUUAUUAUUAUUAUUAAUUUAUAUUUUUAUAUGUGUAAUUUUAUGAUGAUCUAUGUAUUUAUUGUUGGGUCUGACCUUCUGCUCUCUUUGAUACAAAGAGAAGUUCCUGAUCCAUGUAUUUUGUACCCUCUCAGUUAUAGGGUUGUUUUAACUGUAAGCCAGGAGAAAGCUCAAUCUAUUACUUCUGGUUGAGUAAAAAGGGAUCAUUUGAAAUAGUGCCUUAUUGGAUUUAGUUAC